UUCCGAUUUACGUAUCCAUUCUCCUCAGAGCAUUUUCAAUCUCUUUCAUCAGAGGUCUGUCCAAAUUCCACAGCGACUUCUUUACAAAACCCUCUCAAAAACCUACUUCAUAUGAUACUAAAGUGAAGGGAAUUUGCAAUGCAGAACCUGAAUUUACCUCUGAUCCAAAAAGUUGGGGGAUUCACAGUUGAAAACCUCAGUAACGUUUCCUGUUUUAGAUUUGCAAUACCAACCGCAGUUCGUUUCAGCAAAAGAAAAUUUGCGAUUUCUAGCUCCAUAUGGGAUGGGAAGUCCUCCAGGAACAUCAAUGUUAGUGUUAGGUCCCAAUACUUGACUCCUGAAGAGCAGCAGUAUCAGCAGCAGAAGUUUCCUUCACAUAGCUCUAAUUUUCACUCCCAGCCAGAGAAAAUGCCACCAAGGGUUUAUGUUGGAUACACGAUCUACAAAGGGAAAGCUGCGCUGACAGUGGAGCCACGGCCCCCAGAGUUCACUCCCUUGGAUUCUGGGGCAUUUAAGCUGUCAAAGGAGGGGUUUGUAAUGCUCCAAUUUGCACCAGCAUCCGGUGUUCGCCAGUAUGAUUGGAGUAGAAAGCAGGUGUUCUCUCUAUCAGUGACUGAAAUAGGAAAUGUACUCAGCCUUGGAGCAAGAGAUUCUUUUGAGUUCUUUCAUGACCCUUACAAAGGAAAGAGCGAUGAAGGUAAGGUGAGGAAAGUAUUGAAAGUCGAACCCCUGCCGGACGGCCAUGGCCACUUCUUCAACCUCAGUGUCCAGAACAAGCUAAUCAACUCGGACGAGAGCAUUUACAUCCCGAUCACUAAAGCAGAAUUCGCUGUUUUAGUAUCAUCAUUUAAUUUCAUUGUGCCGUACCUCUUAGGCUGGCAUACAUUUGCAAGCUCCACAAAACCGGAGGAUCCGACCCGGACGAACAGAUCGGGUGCAGAGUUAGAAUGGAACAGAUGAGAGAGUAAAUGCUGAUUAUGGAUGAUGACUCUAAAAAAAAAAACUUCUGUUACUGCUUGUUUAAGUUCUUGUUUUGUUUUGUGAUAUUCGUGUUCUAAUUUAUUAGUCGUUGUUGAUGUU